AUGGAAAAAUUCACUCAUCUUGAAGCUCUGCUCUUUACUGCUGUGCUGGAGAACUGUGUUGAUCAGCUCUCAAUUCUCGGAUAUAUCAUGCGAGUCCCAGCUGAGGGCAGAGCAGACAUCAGCCAUACUGACAGACAGGAAAAAAAUGAAAUUGCAGCGACCCAGGAGGAGCUGGAUGUUAAGCAUCAAGAGCUUGUGUCAUCAAGGCAAGGGAGCGGGGAAACAGUCACUUCCAAGUCUCCGAACAGCACUGAACUGAAGCAGCAGCUGCAGAAAAGUGGGGAUCCAGAAAGUCCCCAUCAUCUUUUCAGAAGGACCAUGAAACACAGAGUUAUGUCUGCAGACAACCUCAGAAAAAUUCAGGCUGACAGGCAGUACAUGAGCGAUGUUAUUACAAGCACUAUGACAAAGAUGCAGGAAUCAGGAACAUUUAAUAGCUUACCGGAAGCUAAUGAGAGAGAGAAGGAAAAGAAGAUCAAGUUGCGUGACAUCCUCAUCAGGGAGGAGGAAGGAAAGAAGGAGAUAAAGUCACUCCAGCAACAGCUGCAAGAUGUCAAGAAAGAAACAGAAAUGGAACUUCAGGAACGGGAUAAUAUAAUUGCCUUCCUCAGUGACCAGCUCCAAGAGAUGAAGGCCAAAACAGACAUGGAGAGCAGCUAUGUGAGGAAAAACACAGAGCUGCAGGUCCAGCAAACCCAGAAGAAGUGCAGCCAUGCAGAGAAUGACCUGAGCAAGGAGACUGCGAGGCUGAGGAGCAGGACGGACGAGGAGAUCCGAGUCCACGUGGAGAUUGAGAACUUCCUCAGGCAGCAGCAGAUGAAGGUGGAGGAGAAGCUGGAAUACUGGAUGGACAAGUAUGAAAAGGACACAGAAGCUAAAGACCAAGAACUGAACACCCUAAAGGAAUCGAAGGCGAGCAACCUGGAAACGCUGCAGAGACUGGCCAGCGAGUGCCAGAUGUUUGAGGAGGUCAUCAUCAGCGACCGGGUGGAGAAGGAGGCUGCCAGGAGACAACUCGAGCAGGACGCGCUGGAGCUGAGGAGCCUCCUGAAGCUGCAGGCCUGGUGGAGAGGCACGAUGGUCCGCAGAAACCUGGGCUGCUACAAGGACCUCAAGGAGACUCUAGAGAAGCAGCAGCCAAAGGAGAAGGGAAAAGGGAAAAAGGAUCCCCUGCUCUAG